UUUUAAGGUAAAUUUUUUAAUGAGAAAAUCAAAUCCAGGCUUCAUAAUUAUAAAAGAUUUUUAAAUUGUUUUUAGUUAAGCGUUAACUAAUUUUUGCUGAUCUAGUAACUUUAUAUAAAAGGAAUUUUGCAUUAGCUUUUUUUUAAGAUAGCAAUUUAAAUUAAAGUUUUCUCAAGUUUAAGUAUUUUAACUUAAUGGUAUUAUAUUAAGUAUGCAUUUUUUUGGAUAUAAUUCACAUUGAUUUCAAUAAAUUUAAAUGGCUGGCUUGAUUUUUCUAUCCACAAGUCUAGGGAGCAUUCAAGCUGAACAAGUUGCUUCAGGUAUAAUACAAAAUAAAAUAAGUGCAGACUGCAUUUCAACAGGGACAACAUUUUCUUUAUCAACUGGGGGAAACCCGUUGAAUGUAACUGUAGGAUGUCCUUCUAACAAGGUAAAUAGAAGAUCAGUAAAACGAGUAUCCUUACAAGUUGUAAAGGAACUUCAAGUCGUAUUAGAGCUUUCUAAUAAAAAGACCAAACAAUUAAUUUCUACUCUUCGGAAAGGAAUAGGGAGUAAGACUGUUGUAGAAACUAACAUUUUUGGCAAGUUAAAUGAUCUUUCGGAAUCCAUAUCACAUUUUUAUCAUGUAGAAAAGAUAGAUUUCCUUGACAAUGAAUUGGGAAUUGUUGAAAAGGAUCUUGUGUAUGUUCAAGAGUCAUCAUCUUUCACAAUGGAUUUGAUUAACCAACGUGGUUUAGACGUUCAUUCUGCAUUUGUACGAAUAUCUAUGGAUAGUGGAGGAUCCUUUUUGAAAAUUAUAAUCAAUGUUUUUGAUGUAAAUGAAAAAAAAAAGUCUUCUGUAAUGUACAUGAAUAGUGGUGUUCAACGUUGUCAAAUUCUUGCUAUUGUUGAAGAUGUUCCUGAAUCAAAUCAUAACUUAAGAAUUAUAUAUGAAAAACUCAAGUUACAAGAUGUCAAUUUUUUUGUAGCAUUUGAUUUAAAGUGGGCUAAUGCUGUGUUUGGUCUAUCAGGUCAUGCAGGAAAAAGAGCAUGCCUGUGGUGUGAAGGUUUGAAAAAUGGAGAAUGUGGAAAGUUAAGAACUCUUGGAAGUCUUGAUUAUUGGUAUGAAAAAUACAGUGUUGAAAAUAAAUUUAAAAAAUCUAACAUGCAACAAUAUAUGAAUGUGAUACAUCCAAGGAUUCUCUAUCUAGAGAAGAGUCCAGAUACUUUAAUUCAGCAUUUGGUACCACCUCCUGAAUUACAUCUUUUGAUUGGAGUUGUAUUUACUUUAGGAUGUCUAUUUAUAAAUAUUUGGCCUGAAUUUGAUGACUGGCUGAAAACUAAAAUUGUUUAUCAGAGAGGGUAUCAAGGUAGAGGUUGGGACGGAAAUAAUUCUAACAAGAUCCUGAAAAACCUGGAUGAACUUGAUAAAGUAGUAGCAUCUCAGGUUCCUUAACUGAGACCAAUAACUCAGUGUUUGAAAGACUUUAAAAUAGUAAAAGAUUCCUGUUUUGGUCAAAUUCUUUUGACAGAGUAUAAAAUGGCAUUUACUGUGUUUAAAAAUUCUUUCCUUUCUACCCAAGAGCUUGCACAGGCUCUAGGGAAAAAAUGUUCUUUAAGCUGGAAGUUUCACAUCUUGCUGUGUCAUGUUCAACCCUUUGUCGAACACCAUAACUGUGGUCUAGCUAAGUUUGCUGAACAGUGUGGAGAGGCAAUUCAUUCUAAAUUUAAACCUACCUGGAGUAGAUAUAAACGUGCAGAAGACCAUGCUCAACAUGGAGAACAGCUGUUAUCCUCUGUAAUAAAUUUCAAUGAAAGAAGACUUUAAUUUAUCUUUAACUUUGACAUGUUGCUUUCUAAAGUGCAGGAAAAUGAAUUAAUGUGUAUUUGGAUUGUGUAACAAAUAUAAAUUAAUAUUGUAAAUAUAUAUAUAUUUUUUUGUUUUA